GUACGUUACAUUUUUGCUACAACAUGGCUUGCCUCUCUGCAAUCCGUUUAGGAAUUUUCGUAUUGGUUGUGUCGAACUACGCUCUUGCUGUCCUCACCGUAGAGCAACAACUGAUAGAGAUGCAACAACAUUUCGCGGAAUUGAAGAGCGUUUUGACAGCGAAAGAUAUUCAAUUAGAAGAAUUUAAGCAACAGCAUGAAAAAAGUGUGGAAAAAUUAGGCGACCAACUAACUCGUCUGGAAGCAGAAGCGUCACAAAUGAAAGCUCAGCUUGCUGAAAUGGAUGCUCAAACGAGACAACAAAAAUCACUUUUAACUGCUCAACAAAGCGGAAGUGAAAGUAUCAAUCAAAAUAGCUUUGAAUUAAAAGAAGAGAACGCUAGUGUUCUCAGGCAGGGAAAAUUGAAAAUUCCAAGAUCAUGUGCGGAUUUAAAGACAAUGGGACAACCUUCCAGCGGAAUCAACUUGAUUAUCGGAGCUAAAUAUAUCGAAACUGUUUUAUGCGACUUCCGUAAACAGCCAAACGAUCCUAGUUUCCAGACGUUUAUUGGCUAUGCUGAAGUAAAGUCAUCGCCUACCUAUUUCUACGUCCAGAAAAACCGAUCUUUCGAUAAGAAAAACACUCCUCUUCCGUUCGAAGUUGCUCAGGUCAAUAUCGGAGGCGCCAUGGAUUUACCAUCAGGGAAAUUCACGGCGCCUCGCGCGGGAGUUUACUUUUUCUCCUUCUCUGGACUUGUGCAAUUCCCGGAAUCGUCAACGCUCGUCUUCAGUUACGGGGCACGUCUGCUGUUAAACGGCAACGAAGUCGGGAGAGGAUGGGUUGAAGAGGCCAAUACCAAAGCAACUCAAAACAGUCCGCUAACACUGCAAUCUACAUUGAAUUUACAAGCGGGAGAUAAAGUUUGGUUAGAGCUCACGGCGUGGGAAUCGUAUGGAGAGUAUCUCUAUGACGACCCUUCCCAUUACACUCACUUUUCGGGAUUGCUUCUAUCUGAAGAAAUUUCACGCUCGAUUAAAACGGCUUAAUCAAAAUUGAAUUCAAAAACGCAAAGAGUUUCGAUUAUAAGAAAGGGUAAUGGUUAUCUUGGGAGUUUUGAGAAUUUUAAAAUACACUGCAUGAUUAAUCAAUUUUUCGCUUAAUGGAUUUGAUAAGAAAAGAUGGACUGAAUGACGUACGUUGAAAAUUUCGAGUAUUUCUAAAUUAAGGCCAGAGCUCUGUUUUCGUAAUUGUUUGUUGUACAAUGCAAUGUGUGCAGUACAAGUAUGGCCGUGACGGUGAAUACGAACGAGUCGACAAACAAGGAAACAAUGGCAUCUGGAACGGAUCAUUAAGUGCAAGGCAAGAUCUGUUUUUAUGGUAAGGUGAAAAUGCGUCAAUAAUCAUCAGUCCAUCAGUUCUAGCCGAAGAAACGACUCACAGCAACAUGUCUUUGCUGAAAGUGUUUGUUUUUUUGGUCGCUUUCGUCUCAAUUUGCAUCUCGGCUCAGUUGAGCUAUGGCCCACCACCAUACGCUCCACCGGAAUACUCUGGCUACAAAUAUAAGCCGAAAUACCACAGAAAUCACGAAAAAAUCACGGUGUACCAUGAUCACGAAAAUGAACAGGUCUACGAAAGCAAUGGCGGCUCUUUCUCUCCAUGGGGCCAGAUGCCAAUACAUUAAUCAGCCUAGAAGCAUCUUCACGAAAACGAUCUAUUAAGUUUCUUAAAUUACCCCAAUCCUAUCUGCUCCCACUAUACAAAAUGUAGAAUUUAAAAAAAAAAAUGUUUUUCAUAUUACUUUUAUCCUGUUUACUUUUCAUUACGUUAACUGAAAAUUAUUAGUCAAAAUACAACGUAAAUCAUCACAAA